UUCUAAAAUCUUCAUUCUACAGUUUUAUUUUAUGAAGUGAAUGAAUCAAUGAAUAGUUUGAGUGUUUCGCGUUCAUGUAAUUUGUGAUGAUUCUGUCGCUAUUGUAUUUUAGUACAAAUUAAUGUCCAACGCUAGAAAAAAUGUACUAUGCUUUUAGCGAGGCAUAGGAAAAGUAAUUGAUUGUUUCCAAAGUUCUGUUUAUCAACACUAAACUGAAAAUGGAGGCCUCUAACAAUACUGACGCCGUCAACCUUGGCGUUGGUGAAGUAGAAGCAGAAAUUGGAGAAGAAUUAAAACAAUUAGAGGAAGGAAAAGAUUUUGAUACACGAAGUGAAGUAACUAGUUCAUCUUCAAGCGAGUCAAGUACACCGAGUAUUAGUUCAGUCAGCACUAAAUCCAAAGAGAGACGCGCAAAUCGUAAACGAACUAAGUCAGAAAGCCAUUCACCUGUACAACAUAAACGACGAUGUCUUACAACCACUAACAGUAAGGUGAAGACCUAUGAUUAUAUGACGAAGUUGAAUUAUUUAUUCAGAGACACCCGUUUCUUUUUGAUAAAGUCGAACAAUGCAGAAAAUAUUACAUUGUCAAAAGCGAAAGGAGUCUGGUCUACGUUACCACAGAACGAAGCCAAUUUAAAUCAAGCUUUUAGAGAAUCCCGAAACGUGCUACUAAUAUUUUCAGUGAAGGAAAGUGGUAAAUUUGCUGGUUUCGCUCGUUUAGCGAGUGAGUCACGUCGAGAUGUUGCCCCUAUAUCAUGGGUACUGCCACCUGGGCUGUCUGCUAAAGUUUUAGAUGGUGUCUUUAAAGUUGAUUGGAUUUGUAGAAAAGAAUUGCCUUUCAGUAGCACUCUUCACUUGUAUAAUCCAUGGAAUGAAGGUAAACCUGUCAAAAUUGGCAGGGAUGGCCAAGAAAUUGAACCUAAGGUUGCAGAAGAGUUGUGUAGGCUGUUUCCAGAAGAUGAAGGAAUUGAAAUGACUCCAAUUCUUAGAAAAUCAAAGGAAGCAUCUAAAAAGUCUUACCUAAAGAGUGGUGGCAACUACAGGACAUAUCGUGCCCCUUUGUCGUCAAGAGGAUCCAACUUUCGAAACCGUAUCAAUACAUCAUCAAGAAGUAGAAGAAAGAUGUUUAUGUCUCCAAGGAGUCGUAUUUCUUCAAGUUCAUAUAAACGUCGUUCUCCUUCACCAUACAUGAGAGAACGAUUACCAAUAUGGUUCGGCCGUAAUCGUGAGGGCUAUGGUAAUAGUAGUACUGCAGCUGAAGCAUAUGUAGCUGAAUAUAUGCGAUCAAUGCAUCAUCAGUUGCCACCAUUGCCUUAUGUGCCACCACCUGGAUUUAGUGGAGCACUCCCAGCUUAUGAUGGAAUACCACCACCACCUCCACCACCACCUCCAAGAUACUAUGACUUGGCUGAAUAUCCUCGUUCAGUGCUAGUGUAUGAUAAAAGAUCUUAUGAAAGAUCUGUGGAUGAGUUUCUGUGGCGUACUUCAGAUCGCUCACGUGCCCGUAGCCGUGAUCGUGAUUCACACAGAUCCUACCGUGACCGACGAUAAAACUAUCAACCCCCAAUGUAUUGAUAUGAUAUCUGAUAAUUGAUAAUAAAAAAAAUUGUGAUUGAACUUUGAACUUUAUUGUGUUGUGGUGAACUAUGUUAUUAUAGUCUUGAACUCUGUUGAUUGAAAUUUGGACACUUUUUAAAAUAAAAUGUAUUACAUGGGACUAAUGAAAAAUGGGUAUAUCAGUGUAGUUCUACAUUAAAAGCAAGAAAUCUCUAUUUACAGGGUAUUUAUGCUGGAAAAUAGUGAUGAGUGUGGUUUGCAUUAACUGACUAUUUUUCUAAAACUUUGAUGCAGUGAAAAGUGUAACAUUAGCCAAAUUAUAAUUGUUGUAGUUAUGAACUACAAGUGCUGCUGGUUAAUGUUACAAAUUAAGAAAUUAAGCAUUUUUUAUAUAUUUGUACAACUAAUAUGGUUGUGUAUAACUGUGAUAAUUUCCACCUAUUUUAACUGUAAAAUUUUAUAAAACUCAAUGCUAUGCCUAUUUUGGCAAAUACAUAUCAACCAAAGAAAUAAUCUUCAAAAUUUUGCAUUUUUAAUAAUAUAUAUUUUGAAAUAGUUGUAUUAUUCGUGUUAUUGACGUUUGAAAUUGAAAUUUUAUAAAGCCAGCAAUUUUUAUUGUUCUAGUCUGUUUCAAACAAAUUGGUAAAAACAUUUUCUAACAUGACUGAUAAGAUGUUUCCAUUGUAUGUUAUUAAUAAUAUUUCCAGCCUUAUGCCAUAUUUCAUACUUAUAUACAGGGUUACAGGGUAAGUCGAUCUAAAUCCUAUAAAAGGUGUUAGUAUCCAUUAUUUCUGUUCUGACCGAUUUGACUAAGGAACCCCAUAUCCCAAACUUAACCGUUCUCAAGAUGGCCCUUGUAUUACUUUUAUAAAAAUUCUAGAAUUUGUGCGAUUGAUAUACUAAGAAACUAAUCCUUCUCACAAAUGUAUUCGUGUUUUAAUAAUCCUUUGUCUACCACGCCUCUGUUGGUAAUGUCAUUUGCAGUUUUAUUGUUUCAAAUAUUAAAGCAACUAAUCUUCUAUACAAAAAUAGUAAAAAACAAAGUAUAGACAAUAAAAAUGGGUGCAAUUGACCAGAAUCUGGAAUUUUUAUAAUAGCCAUACAAAGGCCGAUAUCUUGCGAAUAGUUAAGUUUGUGAUAUAGGGUCCCUUAGUCAAAUCGGUCAGGAGUAUUGGAUACUAUCACCUCUUAAAGGAUUUAGGUCGACUUACCCUGUAACCCUGUCGCGGAGAAUCUAACGGGUAACCGGGGCUCCGGCUCGACGUGCAGGAGAAGGA